UACACACUCUCGCAUUAUAUAAUGGUGGCCGAGCAGGCCGAGUGAAGACCCGUACCUCGCUCCUCCGAUCGUCGUCGAGACCCGUGAAGAUGUCUGUUGGUGGAAUAAUUGCACGUACCUUCUCCACGUCGACUGCCGCGCAGAAGCUGGUGAAGCCUCCAAUUCAAGUAUUUGGAUUAGAAGGCAGGUAUGCCACAGCUCUUUUCUCAGCCGCGUCUAAACAGAAGUCUUUGAACGAGGUGGAGAAGGACUUGGUCAGUCUCCAGGGUCUUUUAAAGACAAAUGCUACGCUGGUGGACUUUAUAAACAAUCCUACGAUAAGGCGAAGAGCUAAGGUGGAUAUUUUUAAAGCCAUCGGAAGCAAGGGAGUGAAUCCAGCCACCGGAAAUCUGCUGACGUUACUCGCGGAGAACGGCCGAUUGCCGAAACUCAAUGUGGUCAUCAAUUUGUACAAGAUGCUCAUGGCCGCUAACAGAGGGGAAGUGGUAUGCGAGGUGAUCACCGCAAAUCCGCUUGAUGCCGAUCUGAAGGCGAAACUGGAGUCAACGCUGAAGCGUUUAGUGAAGAAGGGUCAAACCAUUUUGCUCACUGCCAAGGUAGAUCCCUCCAUCAUCGGCGGUAUGAUCGUAUCGGUAGAUGACAAAUACGUAGACAUGAGCGUCGCUAGUAAAAUUAAAAUGUACACUGACCUCAUCCAAACCGCAGUGUAAUGAAGCAUAGUUAUAUGAAGUAAUGAAGUAAACUAUUACUAUGAAGUAAACUCAUAUAUUCGAGUAUCAUGUAAAUUAUCGGACAGAAAUAAAAACUGUACAAUCAAUUAA